UUUUUCGGUUUGAGAACGUAGGGACUUUGGGUUAGAGACCACAAUCACACUGAGCAGUAACAAACAUGGAAAGAAGCUCGGAUUAUGGAGCUUUCAUGGAGAAAUUCGUGCUCAAACCGAGUUCUUCAUCUCAUGAACUUCCCUUAAAUGGUCUUACCUUUGCGGUUAAAGAUAUUUUCGAUGUGAAUGGAUUUGUGACUGGGUUUGGCAAUCCGGACUGGGCAAGGACCCAUUCAGCUGCUACAUCUACUUCUCCGGCUGUUUUGGCUAUCUUGAGAGGAGGAGCCACAUGUAUUGGUAAAACUGUCAUGGAUGAAAUGGCAUAUAGUCUAGAUGGGGAAAAUAAACAUUAUGGCACACCUACAAAUCCUUGUGCUCCAGAUCGUGUACCUGGAGGAUCUUCCAGUGGGUCUGCUGUUGCAGUAGGUGCAAAGCUUGUAGACUUCUCCUUAGGAACUGACACUGGAGGAAGUGUAAGAGUUCCAGCAUCAUAUUGCAGCAUUUUGGGGUUUCGACCUUCACAUGAUGCUGUUUCUACUGCUGGAGUUAUUCCCAUGGCACAGAGUUUUGAUACUGUGGGAUGGUUUGCUAGGGAUCCAGUGAUUUUGAAUCGAGUUGGUCGCAUUCUACUUCAAUUGCCUGAUGUGGAUCUGGUUAGACCAAGGCAGAUAUUUAUUGCAGAAGACUGUUUUCAGCUUUCAAGCACUCCGAAUAAUCGAGUUAGUCAAGUUCUUGUUAAAUCAGUGGAGAAGUUAUUUGGGGGUGAUGUCGUGAAGCAUUUAAUCCUUGGGGACUAUGUUGAGAACAAAGUUCCAAGUUUGAGUCAUUUUAUUAGUAAAGAAAUCAAAAAGCAAGACUAUGGUAUAGCAUCCUUGGCAGCCCUCUCAAGUGCCAUGCGUUUGCUUCAAAGGUAUGAAUUCAAGAAUAACCAUGGUGAAUGGGUUACUACUGUCAAACCUGAUUUGGGUACAGGAAUAUCAGAACGAGUGUGGGGAGCUAUUCAAACAACAGGAGAAAGCAUUGAUAUUUGUUACUCUGUGAAGGCAGAAAUAAUUGCCACCCUUACAAGUCUUCUUGAGGAUUUUGGUAUCCUGGCUAUCCCUACAGUACCAGGACGUCCACCAAAACUAAACACAGAUCCAACUACACUGGAAAUUUUUCGUGCCGAGGCUUCUAGCUUGCUCUCCAUUGCUGGAUUAUCAGGAUUCUGCCAGGUGAGCAUACCGCUAGGCAUGUACGAUGAUGUACCUGUGGCUAUUUCAUUAUUGGCGAAACAUGGUUCAGAUGGCUUCCUGCUCAAUGUUGUUGAAACUCUUUAUGACACUCUCCAAGAACAGAUUGCAAUUUCAGAAUGAUAGCUUGCUGAAUCCACAGGUCCUCCUCAUCUUGCCUCAAAAAAAUGAGAAUGAUGAUUCAUUGAAACUUCAGCUCAAGGAUACGGCACUAGAAUUUUCAUGGCCAAUUGGUAGAAUCAGAGAAGCAUUAUCUAACUUAGGUGCUCCUUCCUCUUCAACACCCACGUCUUGCUCGAUGGAAUCACUUAAGUCAAUUUCAGCUUUGGUUGAAGAACAAAAUAUCCCAGAGGCAAAAAUUGCACUCGCUUCUGGAGUGUCAGCCUUUUUAUGGUUAUAUACUUCUAUUCAAGGGUAUGCAUGUUGUAUUGCAUUAUAUACUUCUUAACAAUUUAUAUGUCUAUUAUUGACCCAAUUCCUUGUUUGGUAUUUGUAUGAGAGCUCUCUUGUUGUGCUUUUCGUUGGUUAAAAAUUGUAUGAGCGGUAGUGAUUAGGCGCUUAAGAUUUGUUAAGAAUUAUGGGUAACAGAGAGCAAUUUGAAACCUUUAUGAUAGUAAUUGUGCAUUA